AUGGGUUCACUCCACGCCCGUACAGGGCCUCCCACGUCCAAUCCUGUGCCAUCUCGUUUGAACGGUACUCGCCGCUGGGAAAAUGGCUGGGCGUUCCUUUUUUCUCAAGUAACGCGAUUGGGAGGUGGUGCUCCAUCACCCACUCGCAUUCCUUUUGGUGUUGUCGUAAUUUCACAGUGGCAAGUAGAUGACACGAUCGAUUCAAGUUGA